AUGUUUUCAAAAAGACCCGACAAGCACACAACGGGCCUCAUAAAUAUGAGGAACGACUGCUUUGCCAACUCCACUGUACAGGCAUACUCGGCUUUGCCUGGGUUGACCGUUUACUUGAACCGAAUGAUGGAGGCAUACAUCAACGUUUUGGAGCUAGUCGCUGACGUUGACGCCGAUUUGGAUGACAUUAUCUUGCCGGAAAAUAUCGUCAAGUUGUCUCGUUCAAAAGAGAUUAAGCAUGACCAAGCCCCUAAAAAGGCUUUUGACCUAUUCAAACUCACGUUGCACGUUGCCUUGGCGAAAAUCGUCAAGAAGCUACAGGAGACCCAGAUGACAUCUAGAACCGUCUCCGUGUGGACCUUCCUUCAUGAGAUUGAAAGAAUUUAUAAUGCCAAGAUAUCCCGGUCUCAGCACGAUGCCCACGAGUUGACCCAGCUUAUCAACGAGACCCUCGAAGCUGAGAAUAUUCUAUGUGUUCGGAUUUUGAAACACAUCAGAGAAACGCUUUCCGCCAAGGGCCAUAUCUCGCCUGCCCUUGAGCAAGCUGAAUUUCCGGAAUUUCCGUUUGGCGGCUUGGUGCUCUCGCAGAUGAAGUGUUUGGCAUGCUCUCAUGUAUCAAAGCCCAAUAUCUCUCCGUUUUUGAUGAUGACUCUCCACCCGCCGCAGGAAACCAGCACGAAACUUGAGACAUUGCUUGACGAAAACGAGGCCGAAACCAUUACUGAAUACCACUGUUUGAAAUGCAGGUUGCUCAGAAUCAUUGCGAACGAAAAGUGCUUGAAAGAUCUAGGGAAACUGAACCCCGAGUCAGAAGAAGCUUUGGUCAGAGAGUUGAUUUCGCUCAAUGACGAAAACCGCUUAUUUAUUAAUGAGGACUUGAGGAAAGACCUCGAGAAGUACGUGGACUCAUACAACAAACUUGGGUUGGACAUACUGAAAGUGCACUCUACGGUAUUUCGUCAAUGCCACAUUCUCAAGCCACCCAAACUUUUUGGCAUCCACUUGUCCCGCUCUGCAUUUGAUGGUGUCACGCUUAGUCGGAAUCCAUGUCGCGUCCACUUCAGCGACAAGAUCUCGUUAUCUAUUGAUGAGAAAUUUCUUGAGGACUUGCAGAAGUUUCAAAGUAGUUCUGAUGAUGAGGCUUUCGCUCCUGUUCUGGAGCAUGGAGUCUUGACUACAGAUGUGAACGAUAUGGAGGACGAAAACGUCCAGCAAGAGGACGUCGAUCUCAAGGGGGACGAGGGAGAAGAAACAGACAAUUUGGAGAGCUCUGAUGCAGACACACAGACACAGAGUGAUUCUGACUCCGACUCCGAAUCGGUUUCUCUCUCUCUGGUGGAGGAUGCUGCGGAGUCUGUGAGAACAGAGGUGAAAGGAGACACACUCAACCGCGCCCCAAUCUCAGAAGACCAGCAACAGAGCUUGAUCAAGCAUUUCAGCAGAUUUGAGUUUAGCGAGAACAACAUCUACAAAUACCGGCUCAAGGCCAUCAUCAAGCACCAAGGGUCCCACACUCAGGGCCAUUACGAAUGCUACAGGAGAAAGCCGCUCUUUGUUAAAGACGGGGAGGGGAAAAUUGUCAAGUUGUCCCCCGAGAUUGAUGAAGAGCUACUCAUGCAAGUGGACAAAGUUGGUGGAGGAUCAGGCGACCAUUUCAACAAAGAGAGAACAACAUCAAUGUCCACCGUCGAUCUGCAAGACACUUUGGAUAGUGAGAAAGGCGCGUUCAGACGUAAGUUUUCAAUGAUCAUGGGCCGCCGCCCGUCCAUUCUACAGGCCGAUCCCCACGAGGCCAAUCUACAGGAAAUUAUCAACUCCGGACUUGCUACUCCUGCCGAGGUUAUGGUGGAUGGCGGGAAUUACUUCCUGGCACCUAGUGCCCUGGAUAUCCAGAAACUGAUGGACAAGAUAGCCCGUGAUCAGAAGCCGUCUCGGGUGUCCAGAGUCAAGAUGAAGAAGAUCCCCUCGCUAAUCAAAAGCCCGUUCUGGCGGGUUGGCGACUCGCACGUCACUGAGGCGACAAAAUCUGCCGUUCUUUUUGAAACCACGAGUGUCUACAUGCUCUACUUCGAGAGGGUCGACAGGAAACAAUUAUAG